GUGGGCAGUUACUGACGCAGGCAGAAGGGAAUUCAGUUUUCAAGCCUGGACAGGAAACGUGCUCACUGCACCGUUCAAAACAGACGAGCGCCCUACAUACAGCGCACUCGCAGGAAGCCAGGCUCGAGUACACACCGUUAUCAGUUCUACUGUUGUGCUGCAGAGAUGCAAACCAGCAAAUUUCACCGGUGGAGGACUCCUACAUUUACUGAAAAGAAGCAACAACGAGUGGCGAAGACAAGAAACCUUCAAAUCUCUGGGAUAUAGACGGGAGAGAGAGAUGGCCGACCUUGUGCCAGGAAUACUCAUUUGUUUGAUGGCAGUGCCAACCAGUCAGCACGAUGGAAAUAGAACCUGGACCCAAACCAGUAUUCCACCUGGUGCGAUACCGAAGACCUUCAAGGGGACGCUGUACGAACGUAACCACACCAACCGCCUGCCAGACCCGCUGGAUCCCAGCACAAACCCUCGACUGCAUGUGAACCCGGAGGACCCAGUGACAGCCUACACCACAGGGGUCCUCAGCACCAGGGUCAUUCCUUCAUCAUACAUCCUGGCCAUGCUGGUGGGUAUCCCCUCCAACGCCUACAUUCUGGCCUUCCUCAGACUCAGAGCGAAGUCCUCGUCCACAUUACUUCUCUACCUGAACCUGGCCCUGUCGGACCUGCUGCUGCUGCUGUCCCUGGCGCUGCGUGUUCACUACCACUUCAACGGGAACAACUGGAUAUUUGGGGAAAUCUCCUGCCGGCUUAUCACGGCCUUGUUUUAUGGCAAUGUUUACAGUUCAGCACAAACUAUAGCGUGCAUCAGUCUGAAGCGCUACCUGGCUGUGGUCAGGCCGUUUUUGUACAGAAGGCUGGCUAAGACUACCCUGGCAGUGUGGACGUGCUUGGUUGUAUGGUUCCUGUUCGGGGCUGCCAUUGUGCCUGAGCUCAUGGUCAGGCAGAGCUACCAGGUUAUCCAGCUGGGGGUAACCACCUGCCAUGAUGUACUUCCCCUAGAAGAAAAGUCACACUCCUUGCUGGCAUCAUACCGGCUGAUGCUGGUGUGUCUGGGUUUUAUAGGGCCCUUUCUGAUUUGUAUCUAUGCCCAUGUGGCCGUGGUAUACCACCUCGGGCAAUCUCGCUGUGACUGGAAACCGUUCAUCAGGGUCAGCACUCUAGUUUUCAUCAUCUUUGCGGUGUGUUUCUUGCCUAGCGGCAUCCUGCAUAUCGCCCACUACAUCCGCCUGUUUUCCAGUGGGGACGACAGACUGUACGGAUACUACAGAGUAGCGGUGUGUCUCUGCUGCUUCCACAGUUGUCUGGAUCCCUUCCUGUGUACGCUCAUUUCCAAGAUGGCAGCCUCAGAACUACAAUUCAUCUCUCUCCGCGGGAUAUCUCGGAGGCCGACUGUUACGACGUGAGACCGGCUGCGUGAGCACAGAAAAAGCUUCUCCUAGCUGGAGCAUUGUUGGGAACCAGCAGGGAAGCGCAAGCACAGAAACAAAGAUGGUGAAGUUAAAACUGGACGCUGUGAAUCCCAGGGCGAUACUGCGAUCUCUGCUGGGUCUAAAACAACACAGAGCUUUGUGAAGUUUUAGGAAUAUUAGGAUCAGGAAGGGAACAUUUUCACUGUGAAUCCAAUACAAACCUAUCAUGUCAACCCAGUAACCCUGGCUUGAUGACACACAAUUGUCAACAAUAAUCUUUUCUCUUUGCCAUGUUAAAAGCCAGAAUUAAAUACAAAAUAUAUACACACACAACUAUUCCCUCUUGGCCUUAUUGUUCUUAAUUACAUAUAAUAUGUACAUAACGGUUGUAGAUCAACAUUUAGCUUUUCACAUUCAUAAUGAUGCAGAAAUGUAGAUUGGAGCCUGCUGUGGAAAUCCAACAAAACUAAUGAUUAGAAUGAGAUUCGGUUGUAAAAUGUAAUGACAACACCGGUUUAUCCAGCCAUAAAGGCUUCUUUUUUAAAAUAUUUUGCUCUUUGAGAUUAUAAGAGGAAGAACAACACAUCCUUUUUGCAUGAAUGUUAUAUAAAUAGAGUCACAAUACCUGGCAGAGGAGUCGCUUGGUAUGUUGAAGGACAUCAUGGUAGUGUUUGGCUGUGACUGCGUUCACCCCGGUCAACUUGGCUGUAGGGAGGAGCAGCGCUGCAAGCGUCUGAUGAUGAUCACCUGAGUUAAGUGCCUCAUUGAUCUCGGCUAAAGCUAUGAUGCCUGGAAGUACAAGACAACAAUACAUUUGAUCAUUCAAUGCGUUUCAUUUAUUGUGUGUAUUUAAAUAAUUAUCACUGUAGGAUCACAGAUAAAAUAAAAUCAUUUCCAAGGUUUGAAA